AGAAGACUGAAAUAAAAUAAUAAUCCAAGGAGUCUAUUCACAAUAGUGCUAAAACUACUAGGAAAAUAAUGCUGGCGGACGUUGAUGUUUUUCUAACAAACUAUACAAUAGUGGAUCCAGAAAUCUAUGGAUUGUGGAUAGAAGGAUAUACGUCAACAGAAGCAGUUUGCUACUUGAAGCAAAAAGGCUUUGGCCAUUUAAUGGGUGUUCACAUCGAUCUGAUAACAUCUGAUGUUUUGGAUCAUUAUCGGACAUAUUCGUUGAUUGAACGUCUAUUGCAUAGUCCCAUCAAAUUGGUGGAACAGUCAUGUUUUCAAUUGCAGCCAGAGACACGCGAUCUAAUCAUUGAAAAGUACUACUCCAUUGAUGAUGCAGUGGCACGUGAAAUAUUGGGUAAAAAGCUAUCGUCACGUUAUCGCAAAGAUUUGGAUGAGGUGGCCGAAAAGACAGGUGUGAAAUUGAAAUCAGUAAGGAGACAGUUUGAUAAUGUCAAGCGCAUCUUUAAAGCAGUGGAAGAGCUGCCGGGCAAUAUUACUAAUAACAUUAAACAAUUAUUCUCCAUAUCAGAAGAGUUGGCCAAAAAAUACGCCUCCAUUGUAUUUCUGGCCUGUUUACGUUUUGAAACCUCCAAGAAGAAGUUGCAAUAUUUAAGUUUUAGUGAUCUGUUUGCCUGCUCUCAGGCUGUCAUGAUCUAUUGGACCUAUACUUAUCAACAUUCCGGUCCAGAGUAUUAUGACACAGAAAUGGAUAAGGAAUUUUUACUUGACUUACGGGAACUGAGAUGUCUGCUGGAUAAGGAGAAGGAAAUUAAACACUUGGUAUGUUUGCGCUUGAAACCCAUUCUGUUGGAGAGAGCUUUCCAUGAAUUGGAUAACAAUUUCCGCUCAUACUGGCGUUCUUUAAUUAGCAUUGCCUGUAAUUUACAUCGCACACGAGAACUACGAGAUCUAUAUGUUGAUCUGUGUGAGAAAUUGGUAGAACCAUGGCGUCAAAAUGCUUGGGCCAGGGAGCAUGUGAAUAAAUUUUUGGCUGCUAUAACUCAAAGCGUUUUAGAUUUGGAAAUAUCAAGAGAUCAAGAGACACGCUGCCUAUGGGAUCGUUAUAUGCAAGUUAUCAGUAUAUGUUUAGAUAAAAUGUAUCAUGUUUAACUCAAUUCCUAUUUUUUUAUGUUUAUUACAUAUUUUUUUUUUUAAUAUGUUUUUUUUAUGGUUUGUUUCCUGUAUUAGGCCCUUUUUGUUAUCUACUAAUUACAAACAAAAC